AUGUCAACGCUGAAAUCAAAGGACGAAGUACCGACUUUCACGCCCAGCGACUAUGUCAAGUUCUUUGGUGCUGGCGCGUUGGCUGCGACGCUCACUCAUGGCGCCGCCACGCCCAUUGACGUCGUCAAGACCCGAAUCCAGGUCGACGAUGCCAUGAAGGGACUCAACAUGAUCUCAGCAGGGCGCAAGAUCGUUGCAGGCGAGGGCGCCGCCGCGCUGCUGACCGGCUUCGGCCCCACGGCCGUCGGCUACCUGGUGCAGGGUGGCGGCAAGUUCGCCGGCUACGAGUUCUUCAAGAAGCAGUUCGUGGGCCUGGUCGGCGGGCCCGACCGCGCCACGCAGUACCGCACCCCGAUCUACCUCGGCGCGAGCGCCAGCGCCGAGUUCUUCGCAGACAUCCUGCUGUGCCCGCUCGAGGCGACGCGCAUCCGCCUCGUGUCUCAGCGUGGCUUCGCGACCGGGCUGACGUCUGGCUUCAUGCGCCUCGCGCGCGAGGAGGGCUUCAAGGGCUUCUACUCGGGCUUCGUCCCGCUGCUGUUCAAGCAGGUCCCGUACGCGGUGGGGCAGUUCUCCGUGCACGAGGCUGCCGUCGAGGCCAUCUACCGAACGAUUGGCCCGGAGCGGAAGGCGAAACUAACGCAGCUGGAGUCGACUGGCGUCGAGCUGACGAGCGGCAUUGUAGCAGGUGUCGCCGCGGCGGUGCUGUCACAUCCAGCAGAUACCCUUUUGUCGGCAAUGAACAAGGGUGCUGGUGACCCGAAUCAGAGCACAAUGAGCAGAAUGUUUGGGCUCGCCCGGGAAUUCGGACCCAAGCGGCUGCUAUUGACGGGUCUGGGCCCUCGUAUCGUCAUGACUUUCGGGGCUCCCCCAAGCAUCGAAAUACACAAGGAGGAGUAA